AUGUUCAGAAUGGAUCCGGAGAAAAAGCAGAAUAACUCAGUGACCGUUGACGAUAUUUUGAGUAUUUUAGGACCGUUCGGUAGAUUCAAUAUUUGGAAUUACACGUUGAUAUUGUUCCCGGUUUUCCUCGCCGGAAUGUAUUCGUCUGUCUAUAAUUUCGAAGCUAUGGACCUCAAAUACAGAUGUACAGUUCCAGAAUGUGAGGAGGACCCGCAUAAAAACAACUACACGAUACCGCACGAAACGGACGGUACGCUAGCCAAAUGUACCCGGUACGCUCCGUUCGAGAACGGUACCCUAAACGGUACGCACUGUUCGCCUCACUACUUCGACACUUCAACGAAAAUUGAAUGUGAUUCGUUUGUUUAUUUGGAAGAACAUAGCAUUGUUAAAGAGUUCGACCUAGCCUGCCAGGAUUGGAAGCGCUCACUGGUAGGCACCGUCCACAAUGCCGGCUUCUUCAUAUCGAUUCCACUGACCGGACUGAUAUCGGACAAGUACGGCCGGCGGCCCGCGAUCGUGUUCGCUUCGGUCGCGAACGGCUUGUUCGGCAUAAUACGAGCCUUGUCCGUUAAUUACAACAUGUUCGUUAUAUUCGAAUUCCUAGAGCCGGCGAUCGGCGGCGGCGCCUACACGGCUUGCUUUGUUCUCGCAUUAGAAUUGGUCGGUCCCAAAGGCCGAGUCUUCGUCAGUCUGCUAUUUAACACCAUGUUCAUCCUCGGGGGAGUGGCAGUAACUCUGUUGUCGUGGUGGCUCCAAAACUGGAGGUACCUCCUCUUCAUCAUCUACACACCAGCUGUCCUAGUGUUCGUUUAUAUCUGGACCCUAACGGAGAGCUUCAGGUGGUUGUUCAGCAAAGGACUAUAUAAUGAAGGCUUGGAUGUUCUCGCGAAAUCGGAGAGGCUUAACAAAGUCUUCGUACCAAAAGACCAUUACGAACAAGUCGAGAAACACGCCACAAAACAACGUGACGACAGAAAGUGCGAAUCUAUGGCCAGGAAUCAGUCAACCUUCAAGCAACUACUUUCGUCAAAAAUCAUAUGGAAAAGACUAUUCACUUGUUCUUUCCUGUGGACCUCGUCUACUCUAGUGUAUUAUGGAUUAUCUAUAAACGCUAUAGAACUAUCGGGGAAUAGUUACUUAAAUUAUAUAGUUGUGCUGGUGAUCGAAGCUCCCGCAAAUGUUUGCAAGUUGAUAUUCCUGGACAGAUUCGGAAGGAAAAGAGUUAUUGCGGUUGCUUUUCUGAUGACUGGAUUGAUUCUUAUCAACUAUGGAUUUGUCCCCUCGGGUAACUGGUCGAUACUGCUGUAUCUCGGUGGAAAGUUCUUCAUCACGCUCGCAUACAACUCUCUGUACGUGUUCGCCGCUGAGGUCUUCCCGACCAACUACAGAACCACGCUGAUGGCGAUGUGCUCAACGCUUGGAAGGACCGGUUCCACUGUGGCCCCCCAAACACCGUUAUUGACGAGAUACUACGAAUACCUUCCGACGUUGUUGUUUGGGAGCAUGGCCGCCAUAUCAGGGUUCCUGGUCCUCACGUUACCAGAGACAAACAACCAGAAGCUGCCUGACUCGUUGAAAGAAGCCCAGGAACAAGAGAGCCAGCCUCAGGAGCCGUCAAACGAAAGGAGUAAUGACACAAAAACAAGACUUUGAUUAUAAAUUAUGUAUAAUUUUUAUAUUUAAAAAAUACUAGUUAAUAGUUAUUUUUGCGAUAAGCUGGCAAUACCAUUGCGUUAUCUUUUAAAUAGCUCCUUGCCAUAGAUACUAAAGGAACACUGAAAAGCGAAUGUCAAACAUGUGUCAAACCAAUUUUUAAUUAAUUGUAUGGAGGGUAGGGAUAAGAAGAGCGAUCAUAUACGGGGGAUAAGUUAAAAAGUAUCGAGCUGCAAGUAGCAAAUUACAACUUAAAAACUCACCAAAACAGCGCAUUGCAGCGCAAUGGAAUGGUACGAAUG